AUGGCUACUAAGAACUCCUACGUCUCAUGGGGAGACAAAAACUGGAACAAUCCUCGGAUUUAUGACACCGUUCUCCCUGUACUUACUGAAGCUCAGCGACAGGAAGCUCCCAGAAACGCUACACCUGCACAGAGGGACCAAGAAGCUCAAUUGCUACACCACUCGAAUUCACAUUCAAGCGUGAGCUCCUUAUAUGCCAACCCACCAUCUCCAGCUGUAAGUCUAAGUUCGAGAAGUGGUGAGAACUACACAUUCCAUCGAGACGCCAACCUACAGUAUCACGGUGCCUAUCCUAUGGUUUUGGGCUACAGGUAUGGGCAUUCUGUGAAUCCCAGGACACCGCCACCCACCCUUCACACCAUGGAUCGGCAGUAUUACCAGCGUCCAUCGAGAUCGACGCACCCCUCACGAGAGCCGAUGCCAAAGGCGUUUAAAGUUGUGAGCUCACACCCCGUCGCUCAAAUCAUGGACCCUGCCGGCUCCUGUAUUCCAACUGGAGAGUUGUUUGAGUAUCAGUCGGAAGAGAAAUGGUCAGGAAGCACAAGGGGAGAGGCGAAAAAUCCUCUCACGCAACAACAGUAUGAGCACGAGAUUGCCAGAGUCGAGGAGACACGAGAUAUGCUGCUACAUGACCCAAGAGUGACCCCACAUGUCAAAGAUGGAUUGCGCCAAUUGAACUGUAGGUUCCGGGACACAGCCAUACCCGGAAGCCAGAUCAAGACGGGAGAAGAGCAGAAGGACUGGUACCUUCCGCACCGUCGUGACACUACCAGUACAACAGAAGCGAGAGAGCAUGCAGAAACAGACUCGAUCGGCAAGGCCAACAAGCACGCACCGCCUGUCAUGCCGAAGACCAGUCACGCAGCCCCAAUACGCUUCGUUGAUUUCAUCCAGCACCAGAACGCCAUGCGUACAGCUCGUCUCAGUGCACAGGACGACCAACGCAAGCACGACGAAUGGCGAGCAAGACUCGACGAGAAAGACAAGAAGCUCGAUGCGGAUUGCAAGCGUUUGCACGAAGUCAAUCUAAGGAGAGAAGCUACCGCCUCACCAGCAAACAAGACACCAUCCAAGACGACGCUGGAAUCGAUCGAUGUCGCGGCGUGCACCGAGACGCCACAGAAGGAGGUCGCUGACAUCUCUUACUCGGUGUUCACAGAUAAGGCUGAGAGCAACGCAGCAGCAGUGAAGAAGGAGCUCAGAUUUGCCAGUCUGCACGCCGAGCUGCCUUCGGACACGAAGCCCAAGACUACGACGGUUGCUGACCCGCGCCGACGUUCUCCUGCCAGGAAGGAGCACGGGCCGGUGAAGAUACGGAACCCAUCGGUGACCCGGAUGCGCGAGACAUUGAAGGUGCUGGUCACCAGGAGGACGCCGGUCGCUAAGAAGGGGGUGGAUGUGAAAUGGACGAGCAUCGACUUCAGUGACGACGAGGACUGGGAGAAGGUUGCUCGUGAUGAGGGCGCCGAGUGGGAGAUACUCGAAAAAGUCUCAGGAUAGAAUCCGAGCCGAUUCUCUCUCACUCGCGUUCUUCGACGAGCAAAUCGCGUGGUUAAUAGCAUCAAGGCCUGG